CUGUCCUCUCUGGUCCUCGGUCUCUCCGCUAGUAUCUGCUUUCGCGCCUCUGUUUGGAUAUCUCUGUAAACUCGUCACGAUGGGCAACGGUGCUAAGGCUCAGCAGAAGAGGGAGAGGAACGCUGCCAAGGCAGGCGGCACGGCGAAGAGCCAGACAAAGACGAACCAGGCGGCGUUGAACAUCAUCUGCUCCGUCUGCAAGCAAACUUUUUUGUUGACCACGCGGCUUCCUGCCCUUGAAGAGCAUGCCCAGAACAGGCACAGCAAAACUGCAGCGGAGUGCUUCCCUACUGCCCCCAAGUAGUGCAUUCUCUGUUUCUAUCGUGUCUUCGUCGAUGUAGAUUUUCCGGGUUUGGAGUCAUGUAGUGGCGUGUAUUAGAUGGUAUGCAUU